UCACUCUUUGUCGCCUGUUCAUAUUCACACUCUUUAUCGCCUGUUCAUACUCUCACUUUUUAUCGCCUGUUCCUACUUUCAAUCUUUAUCGCCUGUUCAUAUUCUCACUCUUUAUCGCCUGUUCAUAUUCUCACUCUUUAUCGCCUGUUCAUACUCUCACUCUUUAUCGCCUGUUCAUACUCGCACUCUUUAUCAUCUGUUCAUACUCGCACUCUUUAUCGCCUGUUCAUAUUAUCACUCUUUAUCGCUUGUUCAUACUCUCAUUCUUUAUCGCCUGUUCAUAUUCACACUUUCUAUCGCCUGUACUCUUUAUUGCCUGUUCAUAUUCAUACUCACACAUUUAAUUUUAGACUGUUUUUACAAAAUAACUUGAUCUUCUAA